AUGCGUUUCCUUUCUCGCGCCCCGUUCUUGCAACGGGCAUUCUCACGUCACACCUUUCACCCAGGAAUUCGCAACAUGAACACCGCUGCCGCUAAUGAAGUGCUAUAUGCGCUGACCGUGGGGAAAGCCUCAACCAGACCUAGCCCCGAAGAUGUCUUGGAAAAAAGCCACCAUACAAAGACUGGGUUUAGAAACCCUUGGGAGUCUUUUCGCGACUUGAGCAGCUUGGAAAUCAUGCGAAUGAUGUCCUCGCGCCGGAUUAGUGGUAAAUCCAACAACCCCGACACUACGCCGCCCACUGUCACUGUUCGCGAACCCCAAUUCCUCCCCACCCGAGACACCCCAAAGCUUCGAGCCACAUGGCUGGGACAUGCAUGCUACUAUGUUGAGUUCCCCAGCGGUCUCCGGGUCCUAUUCGAUCCCGUAUUUGAAGCACGAUGCGGGCCAUGCUGCGGGCCCUAUACCCUAGGACCUAAGCGCUACACCGAACCCCCAUGCCAGAUCAAAGAUCUUCCCAUCAUCGAUGCGGUUGUCAUCUCACACAAUCACUACGACCACCUGUCCUACCCUACUGUUUCAGAAAUCGCAAAGAGACAUCCCAAUUGCCAUUUCUUUGCGCCGCUUGGCAACAAGUCUUGGUUCGAAAGCUCGGGCAUCCAUAAUGUAACAGAGCUGGAUUGGUGGGAUGAGCGUGACAUUGCAAUGUCCCCCAAGGAGAAAACGGGCUCACAGAUUGAGCAGGUCGGCAAGGCUUCACCCACAGCUGACAUCAAAGCGCGGAUCAGCUGCUUGCCGUGCCAGCAUAUUACUGCCCGUGGUCCCUUUGAUAAAUACAAGACAUUGUGGGCUUCCUGGGCCAUAGAGUCAGGUGGCAGCAAGGUCUACUUUACCGGUGAUUCCGGAUACCGCUCCGUGGACGAAGUGCCUGACGGAGAAGAUGAUUAUAAUCCCAAGUACGACUUCCCAAUCUGCCCUGCCUUCAAGCAAGUGGGCGAGUUCCGCGGACCGUUUGAUCUUGGCUUAAUUCCAAUUGGGGCAUACGCCCCCCGUCACAUUUUCAGCGCUGCGCAUGCCGACCCCCAUGAUGCUGUUCGUAUGUUCAAAGACACCAAGUGCAAGAAUGCCUUGGGUAUGCACUGGGGCACAUGGGUUUUGACCGAGGAAGAUGUCCUGGAACCACCCCGAAAGCUGAAGGAGGCGCUCAAGAAGCACGACAUCCCGGAAGAAGGCGUUUUCGAUGUGUGCGAGAUUGGCGAGAGCCGCGAGUACGACUGA